AUGAACUGCAACGAGCUCCAAGAGGGCGCCAAGGGCGAGCACUACAUCAUCAAGCGGCCCAAGGCGCUGCAGUGGUUCUGCGACGGGGAGCUGCACAAGGACAGCGACGAGGAACGCCAGGCCGGCCGCUUCGAGCUGUUCCUGGACCUUCUCUAUGUCGCCAUCGUCGCCAACCUCAGCGACGAGCUCGCCGAGCACCCCGACGGCGCGCACGUCGCCAAGUACAUCCUGACGUUUACCCCCGCGUGGCACAUCUGGGUCGACCUGCGCGAGAUUAUGAACUCGUACUACACCGACGACCUCGCGCAGCGGCUCGUCGUCCUCUGGGUCAUGGCGCUGCUGGUGCUCUUCGCCAACAACGCCAACCACGUCGACGUCUCGGCGGGCGCGCUGCGCACCGCGGCCGGCGCUUACGUCGCCGCGCGGGGCACCACCAUGCUCGUCUUCCUCGUGAGCUCCUUUGCGAGCGCCGCGCACCGCGCGCAGGCGCGCAUCAUGGCCGGCUGCAUGUGCGUGGGCUUGCUGCUCGCGACGCCGCUCUUCCUCGACAGCGUCAGCCUGGGCGGCAAGGCGGCCGUCGUGGCCGUCAUGGCCGCGUACCAGGAGCUCACGUGGAGCCUGACGCUGAGCCCGUGGCUGAAGCGGCGGCUGAAGCUGCGGUACAGCACGGCCGUGGACAUGGCGCACGAGAUUGACCGCAUGGCCGCCUUCUUCAUCAUCAUCCUCGGCGAGUUUGUCUACAUUGUCAUUGUCGGCAACCCGGCCGGCAUCGGGCUCACGCCCGGCUACGCCAAGGCCGUCUGCACGCUCGUCAUUGCCUUUUGCCUCAACUGGAUCUACGUCAGCGGCGACGGCAGCCCCGGCGCCACGCACCCGAUCCGCCGCUCCCCGUGGACCGCGUUUGGCUUCUUCCUGCUGCACCUGCCCAUGGCCGCCGCGUUCCUCAUCGCCGGCCACGUCAGCGCGCUGAGCGUGCGCGUCGACGAGUUUGAGGAGGGCCAGCGCUGGCUGCUCGGCGCCGGCAUGGGCAUCGGCAUGCUGUGCCUCUGGGUGUACGCCAUGCUGUACAAGGCGGAGGAGCGCCACGAUCUCAUCCUGCCCAAGAACUGGCGCGUGGGGAUGCGGCUCGUCGUCGCCGUCGUCUUGAUGGUCAUCCCGGCGACGCACGAGCACUUCAACGCGACGCAGUUCAUGGUCAUUGUCAUGGCGCUUAUUGCGUUUUUGACCAUCUGGGAGACGAUUGGCGGCUUGCUCAAGGGCACGACCAUCUUUGAGCCGUGGACGGAUGCGCAUCCGCCGUCUGAGGCGCUGCUGCAAGGCGAGUCGAGCACGCAGAAUUCAGAGGGCCUGAUUGAAGGGCAGUCCUGA